AUGGCGGACGACGGGGCGGGCGAGCCCCGGCAGCCCCGCUACCGCCGGGUGCGGCUGAUGUGCAUGCUGGCGCUCACCUUCCUCUUCUUCGUGGUGGAGGUGGUGGUGAGCCGGGUCACCGCCUCGCUGGCCAUGCUCUCGGACUCCUUCCACAUGCUGUCCGACGUCAUGGCCCUGGUGGUGGCCCUGGUGGCCGUGCGCUUCGCCCAGCGCACCCGCGCCACCCACAAGAACACCUUCGGCUGGGUGCGGGCCGAGGUGAUGGGCGCCUUGGUCAACGCCGUCUUCCUCACCGCCCUCUGCUUCACCAUCCUGCUGGAGGCCAUCGAGCGCUUCACCGAGCCCCACGAGAUCCAGCAGCCGCUCGUGGUGAUCGGGGUGGGAGCGGCGGGGCUCCUCGUCAACCUGCUGGGGCUCUGCCUCUUCCACCAGCAUGGAGGUGGGGGGCACGGGCACUCCCACGGCGGGAGCCAGCACCACCGCAGCGGCAGCCGCACCAAAUUGGAGCGCUCUUCGGGGGACGGUGAUGCUGGGCUGCGCAAGGAGGAGACCAACACGCUGGUGGAGAAUCGCAGCAGCACCAAUGGAGUCAACCAGGAGAAGCUAGGUGAUUGCAAGGCGGAACUACAAGCAAAUGGGAGCAUUGAUCCUAACUCUCUGGACAUUGAGGUUGAAGAAGACUCCAGUGGGCAGCUUAACAUGCGUGGAGUUUUUCUGCAUGUGCUUGGAGAUGCCUUGGGUUCAGUGAUUGUGGUGGUGAAUGCCUCGGUCUUUUACUUUUAUUGGAAUCCAUGCCCCAAAGAUGGGCCCUGUUUUAAUCCGUGUGUCGAUAGUCAUUGCAUAGAAAAUGCUACUGUAGCCCCACCGCUUGACAAUGCUGAUCUACUCUCACAAGAGGGUAUUCAUGUAGCUGGUCCCUGCUGGGUGCUGUAUUUAGAUCCCUCUCUUUGUCUGAUAAUGGUUUGUAUACUCCUUUACACAACUUAUCCAUUACUUAAGGAGUCUGCUCUUAUCCUUUUGCAAACUGUUCCCAAACAAAUUGAUAUUUAUUCUUUGAACUUAAAGCUACGUAAACUUGAAGGAGUUGAAGCUGUCCAUGAACUACAUGUUUGGCAGCUGGCAGGCAGCAGGAUCAUUGGUACUGCUCACAUAAAAUGUCAUGACCCUGCAUCAUACAUGAAAGUGGCAAAGCACAUUAAAGAGAUUUUUCAUGAUGAAGGGAUCCAUGCCACUACAAUUCAGCCUGAGUUUUCCAGUGUAGGCUCUGAAUCGGGUGUUGGCAAAUGUGAGUUUCCCUGCAGAACUCAGUGUGCUCUGAAACAGUGUUGUGGGACAGCAGAAGGCAGUGCUGAAAAGAAGACAGGAAAGACCUCUUCAAUUGCUAUUUCAUGCUCAGAAAUAAUCAUUGACUCUCCACACCACAAAACUAGGAGGACUAAAUCUGAAAAUAUACCUGCUGUUAGGCUAGAGGCAGAUGAUGACCCAGACACGCAAUAUGAAUCAUCCUUGUAAUCCCCAGGGUUGUGCUGUUUGAGGUUUGAUGGCUUCAACUACAGUUUUAUUGUGAGGAGAAGGGACUGAUAUUUGAGAUGCAAGUUUGUCAAGCAGUGUAAUUGCUGAAGUACCUGUUCUUGUCACAUUGCUAAAUCUAGAAUGCUUGUUUUAAAGAACAUAAUAGCAUUGUCAUGACACAAUGUGUUUGUGUUGACUUUGUAAUGAGUGGCACCAAAAGAGUGCCAAUGCUGUAAAAAAUAAUAAUAAUAAUAAUAAUAAUUUGGAAAACUAGUUUCAACACUUCAACAGAGACUUUUGUUGUGCUUCAAAUUAAAAUAUUUUCUCCCCUGAAAAGCUACUUGAGGGAUAAGUAAAUCGGAACUCAGUUUGUGUUAGACUUCUCAUUGGGGCUACCCUUUUCCCUUUCGUAUUUGAUUUGUAGAUAUUUUAAUAUAUUGUUUGUAACCCACAUGAAAACCAAAGUUCAUAGAAUGUUUUUAUGGCUAUAACAUGAAACCAGAAACCACUUUGUCAGUUUCACACAUUUUCCAUAAACAUAUACAGUGAACUAUUGUGAGUGGUUUUUUUAUUGCAUAGCAUAAAUAGUAGCAUAUUUUAAAGGAAACGUAUCAUAUGAUUGAUAGAAAACUGUCCAAUAUUUUUCCCCAGUGGGGCUAUGGGGUAAUUAUAAUUGGCAGUAAAAAUAUCAGUUGUAAAAGUUGUGUUCUGUUAAAAUGUAAGUUCAACCUGCUGUAUACUCCUCUGGUCAGACUGAGAGAUGAAGUGACUGAUAAAGUAAUUAAUUGUUGGCUCAUUCAUAAAAUAUGCAUUCAGUGUUCUUCCUUCACUAGUUCAGUUGCACUCCUGAUUUCAUUAGAGCAUUGUAUAAAUAUAAGAAUUUGCCAGAACCUUUAAGUUCCAGUGCUGUAACAUUAGAGUUGGAACUUUUAUUUAAAGAAGUUGGUAUUUAUCAUAGUAAUGCCAACCAUCACUGUUAAAGUGGAGCGUCUGUCAAUGUUGGCGUUAUAUUUCCUGAGUUUCAAGGGUUUAAAUAACUACAGUAAAAAUUCACUUGGAUGAAAUUUUGCUGAUAGUCUCAAUGCAGCAGUAAGUACUUUUUACGGUAGGUGAAAUCCUGGCCCCAUUGAAGACAGUUGAAACUUUGCCAUUGACAUAAGUGGGGCCAGGAUUUCAUCCAAUAUAUUUUACCCUUUUUAAAGUAAUGUGUGUCAAAGAAUUUUACCUAUUGAAUUUGUAAAUAUUCAGUUUAAAAUUGUUUAACUCAACUAAAUAAUAGACUAGCCCUGAAGAAGCUGUUACAGCGUGCCAUCAACUCAUACUUUCUCAAGAAUUGGGUUAUUGAUUCUGAGUCAGUGGCGUAUUGGGGAGGACAGAAGGCAAUAUAAAAGGGGAAACUAAGGAACUUUGGUCCCAUGCUGAGAGUCUUGUUCCAGGCCAAAAUGUACCCUUAAAUCCACCUUUGGAGUUGCAUAUGUACGAUGAGAAACAAUAAUUAGUAAUUAAGCGCAGAACUAAGAGUUGGAAGGACUGAGUUCUUUCCCCAGCUCUGUCACUUACAUUGUGUGACCUUGGGUUGGUCACUUAACCUCUCUCUGCCUCAUUUUACCUAUUUGUAAAAUGCAGAUCAUACCUACCUCAUGGGGUAUUGUGAGGCUUAAUGCAUUAGUUUCUAAAGACCUUUGAAAUCUUAGAAGUGCAGAGUUGUUAUAUUGCUUGUUUUCCAACAGUGGCUCCUUUUACAUAUGUGCUGCAAUAGCCAGGCACAACAGGAUAAUUUAAGGACUGUUUUGGCCUUAUUUAUGGAUUUACUGCCUACUGUGUUUUUAAGGCCUUAAACAGUAUUUAAAUAUUUUAUAUUAAAAGUGUUUUGGUUAGUGAAGGAAAUGUAGGUUCUCUCCCCUCUACCCCUCCCGAAUAUAGAACUUCUCACUAAUUUGCACGUCUCUAAUGUUGCCUAUAAUACUCAUAAGUGGUGCCCUUCCUGAGGGAGAGUGGGCCUGUUUGUGACAGUGGACUUACUCAGCUUCUCAGCAAGCAUUAUAAUGAGGUUUUACGUUAAGAUUUGUUUGUUUAUUUGUAAAAUUUACUACCAUAUAUUUACUAAUGUGCAAUGAAGCAUUGUCAAACUGCACCUCUGACAUGAACAAAGUGCACUUGAAGUACAUAUCCUUGCUUGUUUUUUACUGUAAGCUGUUUGACUAGUAUGCCUAAUAGUUUGUAUUUGGUCUCCCAGUCGCUAGUGGGAAUUGGCAAGGUUCUGCUGUAUAACUACCACUAACAAAAUAUAAAACAGUUUAUUGCCAAAAAUAUAGUAGUAUUGAAAGUUAUGACUAUUUUGUUUUCCUUUUGCUUUUAUAGAGAGGCUACUAGUCCUGACAUGGUUGUCCUGUUUAGGUAACAGUCACAGAUAAAUACAUUUGAGUAGGUCUAGAAAUCUAGACACUAAUUCCAUUGCAAAUGCUUAAUCUGUUUGUGCCAGAAGUCAUAUUUUUGUAGUGCUGUGUCCAUUGCCUGCAAUGGACACAUCUUUAAAUU